CAAACGGACUAAUAUAUAUAUGAUCUCUCUGUAUGUAUAUAUACAAUACAAUACGCCUAGUUGUUAGUUACACAAGAUCCACGUCUAUUUGCCUUUAUCGACCUACAGAUAUUGAUUAUUAAUCAAUAAAUAUGUUAUCAGAACAUAAAGAAAUCUUACAACAAGAGAAGACGAGUUUAACAGCUUUAUUAAAUACAGUUGAUUUCCCCCAUGUUUUACAAGAUCUGGUUAAACAACAAGUUAUCAGUAACUAUAUGAGAAGUGAUAUAUUGUGUCAAUCUCCACAACAUGAACAGAUAUUUCUUCUGGUGGAUAUUCUGGCAACAUCUGGUGAUAAAUCAUUUGAUAUCUUCUACCAAAUACUGAAAACACAUGGUUACAAAACUGCUGCCGCAUUACUUAAACCAAAUGACUUUGAAUUAGUUGAAGCGGAUGGUGACGUUGAUGGUUUGCUAUCACAGCGGUUUAUUGGUUAUAACCACAGAGAAGUAACACGAUAUGAAGCCAGUUACACAGCUCGAGCUGUAGCCAGGGCCAGGGCCGAGAAAGAAUUUAAAGCGGAAAAUGAUCUCCGAUCACGAGAAAAGGAAAUACGAGCUUUAACGGCGGGAUAUGAAGCACAUUUACGACGUAGAAAUAAAGGUGCUGCUGGACGUGAUAUUUAUGACAGGAUUGAAUCUGUAUAUUCUGAUCUACCGACAGAAUGGCCUCUACCCGAGCGAUGUCAUGAGAACUAUUAUAAAUAUAUUCAAGUUAACACGGAUACAUGUAAAGAUAUGAUACAUAAAUACAAUAUAUCAUCAACUGGUCAUCAUAAACAGAUCUAUAAGAUGUCUGCAGCACCUCGAGGCUAUCUUCUGGUUAUAAAUAAUAAACACUUCCCUGCUAAUGAUGAGGGACAGGAUAUGACAAGACAGGGUUCAGAUAUAGAUGUAGCAGCUAUACAGGUUCUAUUUAAACAGCUGAAUUUUACUGUCGAUGUACGGUCAGAUUUAACAGCUCAGGAGAUGCGAGAGACAUUGGUUGAGUAUAGUCAGAUGAACCACACCCAGUAUGAUUGUUUCAUCUGUAUCAUAGCAUCCCAUGGUGAUGAUGGUGGUAUAGUUUGUACAGAUCGUCAUACAAUACCACAUGACGAGGUCUACGAAUAUUUUGAUCAUGAACACUGUCCAACUUUAAAAAACAAACCAAAGAUCUUUCUUAUUCAAGCCUGUUUUGGAGGUAAAGAAGAGAGAAGUUCAGAAAGAGAUUCCUUAAAUACUCAGAGAAAUCAUGAAGGGGAUUUCUUCGCCAGUGUGUGUACGAUGCCAGAUUACCAAUCUUUAAGAGAUCCUGUGUAUGGCUCCUGGUUUCUCUUCACCUGGAUUUACGUCAUAGAAAAAUUCUCACAUAAAAAUCACCUGAUUGAUCUAUCGACGAAGGUGACCAAUCUCGUUCAACAGUUUGGUUUUAAAGAUAACCAAACACCCAACACCACGACUUGGUUAACAAAAGAUCUGUAUUUGUUUCCUGGUUUAUAUCAACAGAAUAAUCCGGGUAAUACUGUGGAAUAGAAGGGUUACCUAUAGGUAUAAUAUACAUCUCUGGAAUGGACGUGCAAUCUGAUUAAUAACACAUCUGUAUUUCGUUUCGUUUUUUAUACUUUCGAUGGCCAACGCUACAUGAAGAUCUGACAAGUUGUACACGAAGGUCGUGUGAGGGGUCGUACGAGUGACUGUUGACCCUAUGACGUCAGACAUUGAUUAAUCAAUCAGCGUUGACGUUUCUAUAGUGGUUUACCCAUUUCCCCAAAGACAAAAAAGUCGCCGUAACAGACCGUUUUAUUGGCUUAUCCCUCACUUCAACCAAAACUCCGGUAAUAUAACAACUCUUCCAGAUCCUAGUGUAGUAAAGACAAGUAAAACGAAAUAUGAUCUGUGUUUUAACAGAUUUGAAUAGAAGCGUUGUACCGCUUAUAUAUAUUUAUAUAAAUAUCAUCUGUGGAAAAGAGAGAUCUUAUCACCUAUAGAUUUGAUUAAUAUUGUAUCACCUGUGGCCAUUUUAUACAUUAUAUUUUAGUUUAAUUUAUUUCUUUACCUUGUUGAUUUGA